AAAUAUGAAUAUACUGUGAUUGAAGGUGAAUCAAUCGAUAUAACAUUUACUUCGACUGUACCGGUUGGAUGUGAAUCAUCACAUGAUGACGUCAGAGCACACUGUGAUCAGAACUUCUUUAUUUUCCAACCGAAGAAUGACCAGACUUCGGUUUCGUGCAGGAACAACAUUGCUAAAAAAGAUGUAGUUUUUCAAGCUCAAUUUUGUGGUAUCAGCAUAGAAAGUCUUCAUUGGAACCUUGCGAAAAAACUGCGCGUGUAUGGUUUUAGCGACUCAAUGUACAACUUUCAAGACAGGUCAACAAUUCUCAAGAUAUCUACGUCAGCAGUAUCGGAACUAAAUGAUAUUUGGAAGGGUAUACAAGUUCCAGAUAUAAAGGUCACAGUUAUAGACAAGGAUUCUGUACUUAUAAACAGGCAAUGUCUAUCCUACAACGACCCACAUAUUACCACCUUUGACGGAAGAAUGUAUCAUUAUAUGGAUGUUGGUGAAUUUGUGAUGUACAAAAAUGACAAGGGUCCUUAUGCGGUGCACUCUUUAUUCACAAACUGUGGAUUUGGUUGGGCAGGAUCAUCUUGUCAUUGUGGUAUAGCUGUUAGAAGUCGCAGUUCAUUGUUCGUUUUACGGACAUGCCAGACGAUAUCAAGAACAGAGAAGCAUUUACUACAAGAGCCUAUUACUGAACUUAGAAGUUGUGAUGAAAAGGAUUUAGUUAUCGAACAUGAUACAAAUAAUUAUAAGAUUACUUUGCCUACCGGAACAGAAAUCAAAUUUACGAUAUCAAGAUGGUCAAAGUUUAUAUCAAUGAUUGCAAUAAAGCCAUCUAUAUUUGAUAUCAACGAAGCAAGAGGCUUAUGUGGUGUUCCAAGUACAACAAAGGACCAGUCAGACGAUUUUACUCAUCGCCAAAACGGACCGAUCAACGAUGACCAGGCAUUUGCAGAUUCCUGGAGAAUAACUCAAUCAAUGCUUGAAGAACAAUUGUUCAGCAAUGAACCAGCUUUUCUUAGCUACUCAGAUGAAGAGAAUGACAACAGUGUUACAGAGGAAAAUUCUCCCCACUACUGUACUUGUGAGCAACAAGCUGGCCCCGCAGACAAACUAGAGGAUUUUAAUACUGUCCAAUGCAAUUUAACCGAAAGUACAGAAUUUUGUUCAGAAUCCUUCAAAACUGAAGAAGAAACUAUUUCUUCCUUUUAUACUUCAUGUUCAAUAUCGAAAAGAAAGAGGCGAUCUGUAAGCACGUCAAACAACACUGUAAGCCGCAGCACAAGUGAUGAUGACGAGAUUGAUGCUCCUCCAUUAUCAUACGACGAGAGUGUAUUUAGUACAGAAGUAACGAUCCCUGAUACUUUUAAAAAUGGUUGGACGGAAGAAACAGCAUUGCAGACGUGCAUGGAAAAAAUAAACAGUGCUCUUUCAUCAGAGCUGACUAAUUUAGUAGAUGUAUCGGUAACGGAAUUUGUUGAAUCAUGUGUAUUGGACAUAAAGCUCGUCGGAGAUACCACGUUCCUUCCUGAUACUAUUGGUACAAUGCUGACCUACAUUAUGACAGAGGUACUGAGGAAUGAAUCUUUGUACAUACUUAAUACAACAGAAGGAUCACAGACUUUAGUGGAAUAUUUCACAAGCUUGAUGUGUCCUAACAACUGUAGUGAUAAUGGAAUCUGUACAAUGGGUGUUUGUAUGUGUAAUGGAAAAUACAUUGGUGAUGACUGCUCUCAAUCAAAUUCAAUCCCGCCAUCAAAUACCAGUCUUCCUUUUGACGGGCUUUGUACACUUGGAACACGUGACUGCAGAAGCACAAAUCUGUAUGGCAAUUUUCUCUCCAAGAUUGUCUUGUACAAACUAAAAUAUUUUCAGAUUGUCGCAGAUUCCAUUGAAUAUAUUUCAGAAGACGCUGUCUUCGAGGCAAAGUUUAGAAAUAUGUUCAUGGUAUCUGUAGAUUUUGGGUCCUCCAGGAGAAAGAGAGCAUCAGCCAAAACAUUUAUGGCAGAAGGGUAUGAAAUCAGUCUUUCAUAUGAUGGCGCAAAUUUCGGAGACUCUACCAGAAUAAUUAUAUAUGAUGAAACUUGCUAUUCGUGUAAUUCAAUAAUAGUUGAAUGUGUUGAACUGGAUACGUGCAAUCCAACUGUUGUUCCUAUAACCCAGAAUGAUGACAAGACAUCAUUUGUGGUGAUAGCUGGUGCUUUAGGAGGUUUACUAGUCGUCAUUAUUCUGGUCAUUGGAUUUAUAUAUUACAAAGUCAAAUCAAACAAUACAAGAUCAAAAAUCAUUCCAGAUCAACAAGAACGAAAACCGAGCUUUCAUCUUGAACAGAGCACUGGCAGCCAUAUUUGGAUGUCAACCGAUAAAUCUAUCAGCGAUCUGGAACUUGAAAUCGAUGACAGUAGAGGGGAAACACCUUUUGAGAUGUUUGAAAAACAGUUGCCGCCACUGAGUCACUACAAACACAACAUAUAGAAUAGGGCAUAUUAGGACGGAAUAUUUAUUGCAGUGAAGAUUUCAUUAAUUUUGUAAUAAUUUGUCUACAAAAAGUGUAAACAUUUGUAAAUCACACUGAAAAAUAUAUCAUUUAAGAAAGUAAAGUUUUUGUUUACUUAUAUUCGCAUGUUUUAUCAAAACGAAAUGCACUACAAAAUACCAUUGUUCUAGUGCUUAAGAACUUAACGGAAUUUGAGCUUUAGAAAACUAGUGUUGCCUCAAAUUUACUAUUACUUUAUUUUUGGCGAUUCAUUUAAAAAAAAAUGGUUGGGGUGUCUGUUGGUUGUUUCUAUAAAUACAUUCUGCAUUCCUCGUUCACUGUUUACUUGUCUUUGUUUUGUUUUUUUGUCUGUCCAUACUUAAAUAAAACCAAUUUAAUGCACAAUACAUAUAUAUUCAUAAAGAUAUUUUAAAACUGG